AUGGCGAGCGUCUUGGACGAGGAAGAGCAUCAGACGGCAUACAUUUUCACUCCGUUGGAGGAAGCCGCAGCAGCAAGCAGCACACCUCGGCCAUCCAAACGACGGAAAGUAGGGUCUGCGGCGAUGUCGGGCACACAGAACCAAGACGGCGCCUCCGCCGCACCGCCCAACGGCGACGCCAAUCACCUCGCGUCUCUGUUCGUGCCGCUGCUCGGCGGCGCGGAACCCGCCGAGUGCGUGGCGGCCCGCGCGGCGCUCUUCGAGGCCAGCUGGGCGCGCGUCGAUGGCGCCGUGCAGCGGGUCCUGCGCGAGGCCAACGCGUCGACGCUCGAGCAAGUGUGCGGCUUUGUGGACCAGCACAGUGCCGGUGGCGGCAGUGACGACCAGGGGAUCCCGGCCGCCUUCAUCGUGACGGGGCCCAAUGUCUCGUCGCAGGACCUCUUGUUCUCGCAGCUCGGCGAGCGGCUCCGUGCCAACGGCGGCGGGGCCGGGUUCGUGCGCGUCGGGUCGGGCGAGGCGGCGAACCUCAAGGCCGUGCUCAAGAAGAUCAUCCGGGGCGUGUGUGCGUGCAGGCCCGCGGAUGGCGAGGCUGGAGAUGACCUCGAGCUCGUCACGCCCGCGUCGUCCCGCAGGAAGUAUCUCGACUACGACCUCGAGGCGCUGCACGUGUUUCUAAAGUCGAACCACCAGCAGCAGCAGCAACAGGGCAGCUCGUCCACCCCCGGCGGCGGCGGGAGGAACAGCAAGCGGGUGUGCGUGGCGUUUGAGGACAGCGAAGGGUUUGACAGCGGCCUGCUGUCGGAUCUGAUCGCGCUCAUGAGCUCGUGGCGCGACCGCAUCCGGUUCGUGCUUCUGUUUGGCGUCGGCACCUCGGUCGAGCUGCUGCAGGCCCGGCUGCUGCGCUCCACGCACCGACAGCUCCUGGGCGCGCAGUUCGACGUGGUCCGCACCUCUACCAUCCUCGACCAGGUCGUCAGGGCCUGCCUCGAGCAGGCAGACGGGGGUGUGGUGCUGGGUCCGGCGUUCCUAGCUGCGCUGCUUGAGAGGCAGGUGGAGCAUGUUGCGAGCGUGCAGAUGUUUGUCAAUUCUAUCAAGUUUGCCUACAUGUGUCACUUCUACGCAAAUCCUCUGAGUGUUCUCCUGGCUGAUGAACAAGAGAAUCUGGUCCGGCCUGAACAUGUAGAGGCAGUUCGCAACCUGGGCUCGUUUCGUGACGAGGUCGAAGACUCAGUGGAUGAGGGCGGCUCUCGCCUUGGCCAUGCACGCUCGCUUCUAGAGGAUGACGACUAUCUUCGCAGCCAAAUUCGAGAAAAUAUGACCAAAAGGAGAGCAUGGGCGAGGAAGCUGUCUCGGUCUUUACAACUCAUCGCCGAUGGGGGCUUGACUGCUACUGAGUUCACUUCUUUGUAUGUGUCUGCUGUGGCCAACGGUCUAGACCUGGCAGCGAGACAGAUUGGUGUCAUUGAUACCAUCAGGGCCAUGUCUCCAGAGGAGUUAAUAGCUGCUCUGGAAAAGCUCAUAGGUCUCAUCGGAGCUCACACCAGCGACGAAGACGGUGCCGAUACCGAAUCAUCUGCUACGCUAUUCACACAAAGCCUAGAUACUAUUCGCAGAUUACAGGCGCGCGCCGAGGACAAUGACACGACGCUGCGGAGCAAGUACAGCACGCAGGGAAGAAUACUAAGAACAACGGUGGUGGCCCAAAAGGUACAGUUGAGCCGCGACACGGCCGCGCUGACAGAGGACGACAAAGAAUACAGCGAAGUGAUGGACCGGCUGACAGAUCAUCUCGUGGCUGCCCUAUCGUGCCAAGCCGCUGACGAGCUCUUUUUGCACGAGGCCUGGCUCUACGACUCGGAAUCCCCACACGGCGCCGUCUUUGUGCCCACGCCAGGCGUCACAACCGAGAGGGCGCUGGCCAGGCCCCACGACUACCUGGCCUGCUCCUGCUGUCCUGCAAACGGCGGCCUAGGCCCGACCAUGCCGGCCGCCUCGAUCCUCUACCACCUGUACCAGGAGGCGGGGCCUUUGAUCAAUGUGGCAGAUCUCUGGACUGCCUUCUCUGCGCUCGUCAUCGGGGAAGAGGACGAUGCUGAGGACGACGAGAGGAAGGACAAGGAGCGCAAUGCGUUAGUGCUCUUCUAUCGCGGCCUUGCCGAGCUGCGUGCGAUGGGCUUUGUCCAGUCGACUAAGAAAAAGGAAGAUCAUAUUGCAAAGCUCAAGUGGGUUUGA